AUGGCUGAGAUCGUGCCGGUGAAGCCAUUCCGCCUACUCGACCUGCCCGACGAACUGUGGGCCAAGAUUGGCAAGCUCGCCUUGGACGACAUCGAGCCUCUUUGUAGCGAAUAUCUAGAUUACUUGGUGUAUGAUGAUGACGACAAAGUUCAAAUCCCGCAAAAGCCCGCCAUCACACGGACAUGCAAAGCACUUCGCCACGAGCUCCUGCCGCUCUACUACGAGCAGAAGAUUGACCUCGACUUGCGAGAAAGCCGCUUCUGGCUUUGGGGUAGCCUGACAAGGAGAUGGCUACAGGCGAUCGGCGCUACAAAUCGCAAGGCUAUCCGCGGGAUGAGCCUAGUCUCCUCGGAUUGGGAUAUCGACUACCUGAACAAGGAGCUACGGCUACGCUGGGGUGUGGGGUUGAAGCUCGAAAUUACCUGGGAGCUGGAUCAUCGACGAGGAUACAGGAUUGAAGUAUGCAGCUGA